AUGGGCGAUAGCUGCAUGAGCGUGGGUUUCUGGGCGGCGAAUAAGGCAGUCUUAGCGUCGCUCUUCCACCAGCCGUCGGAUGCGUUUCCGAUCGGAAGCCCCGAGUACGACGAGUUGCAAGAGUUCAUUCCGAAGCUCCUGCAACACCAGGCGCACGCGCAUGCGCGCAGCCAGCUCAGGCGCGCGGGGAUCAGCGGCGGGGCGGGGGAUGCGGGCGGCGGGAGCGCGAGUGGCGGAAUAAGCACGUUCAGCGAAAAGGCAGCGCAAGCGCUGGGCUUGCCUGUCAGCUACGACCGGCGGUACCGUGUGAACGUGGCCGUGCUGACUCAGCAUGAGGGGAGGAUGCGGGCGCUGGGCAGGGACAGUCCACUCACAGAGGGCCACGUGGCGGAGUACAGGCGGAUGCUGCGCGUGUAUGAAGACUUCCUGCAGAAGCGGUCCCUAGCGAAGCUGAGGAAGCUGCGGGAGGACCAGGCGAAGCUUCCGGUGAACGCGCACAGGGAGGAGAUAGUGGCUGCUGUGGCUGCAUCGCAAGUCACUGUCAUCGCUGGAGACACGGGGUGCGGCAAGUCCACGCAGGUGCCUCAGAUUCUCCUGGCUGCGGGGUACAGAAGAAUUGCGUGCACUCAGCCCCGCCGCAUCUCCGCCGUCUCCCUCUGCAGGCGGGUGGCGUUUGAGUCUCUAAACGAGUACGGUGCGGGAGUGGCUUAUCGCAUCAGGUUCCAGUCCACAGCUACUGCAGCCUCGCGCAUCCUCUUCCUCACAGAGGGAGUGCUGCUGAGGGAGCUUCUGUCGGACCCUCUACUCACCGCCUACUCUGUCAUCAUAGUGGACGAGGUGCAUGAACGCCACGUCACCACUGACAUGCUCCUCGCUCUCUUGAAGCAGGUGGUGCAGCAGCGCACGGACCUGAGGGUCAUUCUAAUGAGUGCCACCAUCAACGUGCACACCUACUCCGCCUACUUCCACAACGCCCCCAUUGUCACGGUCCCUGGUCGCACCUACCCCAUCACCAUAGAGCAUUUGCCUCAACCAGCAGGCGAGACGGGCCUGGCUGUUCCUCCGCCCGCCACUGCUCACACCUCCACCACCAACUGCAACCCCACUGCCGCUCCCGACGCUGUCAAUGCAACUGCUGGUGGUACUGUGGCUGGGGUGGGUCUGAGGAGAGCGGGAGGGGGAGGAGGUGCAGGGCGGGUGGGGAGAGAAGGGCGGGUGGGCAGUGCGGCGUAUGUGCGUGUGCUGGAGCGCAUAGAUCAGCAGUUCCCCGCAGACCAGAGGGGCGACCUGCUGGUCUUCCUCUCAGGCAUUCAGGAGAUAUCAGCAGUGGCAGCGGCAGUACAGCAGUACGCACAGGAAUCCAAGAGAUGGCUUGUGCUGCUCCUGCACUCCUCCCUCUCCUCCAAAGAGCAGGACAAGGUGUUUGCAGUGGCCCCUGCGGGCGUGCGCAAGUGCAUCCUAUCAACCAACAUAGCGGAGACGAGUGUGACGAUAGACGGGGUGCGCUUUGUGGUGGACAGCGGCAAGGAGAAGGCCGUCACGCACCUCGCAGAGAUCGCAGGCAGCACGCUGCAGGAGCAGUGGGUCAGCCAGGCAUCAGCCGCACAGAGAGCAGGCAGGGCGGGGCGAACGGGUCCGGGUCAUUGCUUCCGGCUUUACUCGAGAGAACAGUUCAAUGCAUUCCGGCAGUUCUCCAUACCGGAGCUCCUCCGAGUGCCUUUAGAGUCGGUUGUGCUGCAGAUGAAGAUGCUCUCUCCAGCCUGCUCUCUCUCUCACUUCGGCUUCCUAGACGCCCCGUCCCCAUCCGCCCUCCAUCGAGCCGUGCUCUCUCUCACGCACCACGGGGCACUCGCCCCCCCCGCAGCAGCACCACCACUCACCACCACAGGAGCACCGCAGCAACCAGAAGCUGGAGGCGGAUGGGCAGGAGAGGAGGAUAAGAGGGGUGCAGGUCUGCGAAGCGGGGGAGAUAAUGGCAGUGUUGCUGGUGACGGCAAUGGUGGUGGCGGUAGUGGUGGUGAUGAUGAGUUGGUGGUGACGCCUCUGGGACAUGUGCUGGCUGGGCUGCCCGUGGACAUACCACUCGGCAAGAUGCUGGUACUGGGCUCACUCUUCCCCCCCAUAGCACCCCUCAUAGCGCUCCUCGCAGCAGCGUUGGCAGUGCCAUCGCCCUUUGUGCGCGUGCCCGAGGGCGAGCAGGGGGAGAAGAUCCGCACCGCACAGCACCAGCUGCGCAGCGGGGACGGUGAUGCCUUCACGCUCAUGGCCGUGUUUGGCGAGUGGAGCAAGGUGCAGAAGGAGUCCAGCAGAGCAGCGCACCGGUGGUGCAAGCGGCACGGGGUGGAGCUGCAGCGGCUGAUGGAGAUGGCAAAGCUGCACCGCCAGUUCACACACAUCCUGCUCUCCACUCGCCUCCUGCGAUCCACAGCACAGAGGCGUCAGCAAAUGCAGCACGGGAGGAAGCGUGGUCGGUGGGACAGAGAAGGGAGUGAGUCGGGUGAGGGCGGCCUGGGGGCUGACAGGAGGGGAGCGAGGCACAGCAGAUGGGAUCGGGACGAGCGGCGGCAGCAGCUGAUGCAAGUUCAGCGCAUGCGGCAGGCGAGGGAGAGGGGCCAGAAGCAGCUGCGCCUGAGGGUACACAGCAACCACGAGGAGGAGGACGAUGAUGAAGGAGGGGGGAGUGGUGAGGAGGAGAUCGCAGGGGGGGAUGCAGGGGGAGGGGGGCAGCAAGAGGGGGUGGAUGAGGGAUACGGAGGCAUGGGGGAGGAGGAUCUGGAGGGGCUGGAGUUGAGGCUGUCAGUGGAUAUGGACCGCGUGGCAUCACUGGCCAAUAAGGAGCUGACACGUGGCGACAUUCACCUCAUCAAGUUCAUUGUGUGUAAGGCACACGCUUUAUUCACACCUCCACCACGCCCCUCCCCCCCACCCUUCCCGCUUCCCCACCCCCUAUGUGCCGCUCUGUACCCCAACAUAGCCAUCGCGGAUGCGCACAACGGCAUGCGGCGAGAGAGUGACCAAUUCUUCCACACGCGCCACGUCAGCAGCGCGUGCAUCCACCCGUGCAGCAGCCUGUGCGGCUCAGAUGCGCCCAUCACCGCGAGCGAGCUACUGGUGUAUGGCACUCUCUUGGAAACCACCAAGCUCUAUCUAUCCAAUCUGAUGCGCAUACCAUCGCUGCCAGCGCUGCUGCUCACGUCUCUCUCCAUCGACGCCUCGUCUGACGGCACGCGAAUUCUCUUUGACGACUGGCUGCUAGUGCGCCUCACACCACUCCCCAUGGACGAAGCUCGCAGACUGCUCGUGACAGCAGUGACCAUCCGUCAGGACAUCUCGUCCCUCCUCCACCAGCGCCUCUCAGCGUUGCGCCCUCACACCGUGCAACAGCAGCAGCAGCAGCAGCAGCAGCAGCAGCAGACGCAGUAUCAGGGCCACGCCAGUAAAUCUCAAAAUUUCAGCCACACAGCACUCGAAGCGCGCACCCAGGCGCCAGUGGGAGUGCGGAGACAACGAACAGCUGAAUUCAACCAAGAUGCCCUUGUUGAUGAUGCACGGGCGUUCAUUCAGGCGCUCUGUGAGUGGACCGCCGGCUGCCAGGGUGCCGGGGAGGAACGGCAAGGGAUGGAGGAGGAGGAGGAGGAGAGGACGGAGGGGGAAGAGGAGGAGGGGGGUGCGGAUACGCAGGUCAAGGAACUUGCAGAUCGCAUUGCCACCUUCCUGCAGUCCCCUGUGCCCUUCUCCUGCCGCCAGCUCACUCCCAUGGCCGCCGCUGCCCUGCUCUCCCAUGCUGCCGCCGCAGCAGCACCAGGCAACAGUGGGACACAUGACUGCACACAUAACGUUGCUGGUGCUGGUUUUGGGUCAACCAAGACCAGGGAAGGCCAGCUGAGCAGCAGUGGGCAGGCACACUCAGGCGUUGCAGAGAAUGCAUCGGUGGGCCUGGGCUCAGUGCAAGGCGCAGGAGGGAGUGCAGCUGUGGCGACGGCAGCAGCACUGGUGGAGGAGGCAGAGGCAGCACUGCGGGCAGCAGAGGCGUCCAAGAGUGGGAAGCCAAUCAUCAAGGGUGGCGUUCUUGUGACGCCAUUCCUGCGCAUCGGGUCAAUCCCGUCGCAUGAGACAAACGUUGCCACACAGGCGUCGCUGCACAUGCGCAGCCACUGGCAGUGCCCGCUGUGCUGCUACAAGCUCAUCCUCACUCUGCCUGAAACCGUGGACCACCUUCGCGCAUGUGGCAACCUGCCCCGCCAACCCCAGCAUCAGCCUGGCACCACCGUUACUUCUGCUGCUGCUGCUGCUGCUGCUGCGGCGGCGGCGACGGCUGCUGCUGCUGCUGCUGCUGGGACGGUGGAGGGUGGUGGAGAAAGGUUGGAUGAGCUAAUGAUAGCAGGCGAAGUGCUGGAGAAAGCAGUUAGUGAGGGCGACGGUGGGGAUGGGAAGGCUGCUCCACCAUGCCUGCCUCCUCUCGUUCCCAUGACUUCCCUCGCCUCCUCAUCCGCCCGUCCCUCCCAUGCCGCCCUCCCGCCCUUCCGCACAUACACCCGCAAGGUGCAACCUCGCCCUCUCUUCCUCUUCUACCCCUACUUUCUCCCUUUCUUCUGGUUCCCGUACCCCUCGCUGCUGCAACCGCAACCAACAGCCACUUACACCACAGCCACUGCUCCCCACACACCAUCAGCCACACCAGCUGCCCCAACCACAGAUACUGCCCCUUCUGCUGCUCGGCCUCCCAGCCCCGUUGCUGCCAGUUCCGCUUAUGCUGCUGUUGCUGCCCUCUCUGGCACAGUGGGAAGCAGCAAAGGAGGGGAGGCGGGAGAGAGCUGGGAAGAGAGCGAUGGGGCUGAGGAUGAUGAGGAUGCCCUUGCUGUUGGUGGCGCGGAGGAGGAGGAGGAGGAGGAGGAGGAGGGUGAUUAUAGCGAGGGUGACAGUGAUUAUAGCGAAGGUGCUCUUGCUGCGGCCAUGCAAGAAGAGGCGGUGGUUACUGGCAGGACAAGCAGAGCACGGAGCAAGGGGCAGAACCACAUCAAGGGCGAACCGGUGGCGCACAUGGCUAUGGAGCUCCGCACCCCCAUCGUCUACUACCGUCCUGACGGCCCCUCACGCUACCUUAAGUGCACUUGUUUCCUCUGCUGCAUGCACCGGGACUCCUGCAUGUGCUGUGGGCCUACUAUCUCAUGCAGCACUUGGUGCUCUGCUCGCCACGUGCACCGCCCUUCUGCUCUUCUCCCGUCGACUCCCACUUCCUCUCACCGUGCACCCCACGUUUCUCAUCUCUCGCCACCCCGCAGCUGCUUUCUUCCUCUCUCUCGCCCCGACCAGCUGCCCAUGCGGUUCCUCGCAGAGACCUCUCUAGCCGGGGGGGCAUGGUGUGUGCUGCACGCACCGCACAUACUGCCUCUUCGCGCCUCUGCUGCAGCACCAGCACCAGCACCAGCUCCUCCCCCACUGCUCUACAUCUCACCCGCUCCACCCCAAUCAGCACCGUCGAGUGUGCCGCUGCCCACAGCAGAUUCACAUCCGCCUGCCAGUUACCAACACGGCAGUACUGCUACUGCACUUCCCAGCCGCCUGCCGCCUCUCGCUCACUGCCCUCACUGCGGUGUGGACAUGACCGCUCGGCUCGGUGGGACCAACACCGCACAGCACCCCUUUGCAGACAGCAGUACCACAUGUGCACCUGCUGGCAACAGUCCCUUGUCCGUACUCCCACCCCUUGCCCGUGUGUCUCGCUGUGCGGUUGAGUGUGUGUCCUCAUGGCGCUCCUUACAGUCCCUCUCCCCUGAUGUCCUCUCCACUCUCGGCACCCCAGAUGCCACCCAGGGGGCCGAGCAGCUCCGCACUGGGAAGGAGAGCGCUGGGUGUGCGGUCAAGGCUGCUGCAACACGGGAUGCUAGGGAGGGAGAGUUUUGUCCUGCAACCACUGCAGGUGCUAGCACGGGGGGAGUUGGGGGAAUGGGAGGACUGGCUGAUAGGUCGGUGCUGCAGCUGGCGCCAAUGGUGGUGCUGUGCAUGCAUGUGGUGACCGGUGCUGGGGGUAGGGUUUCUGCUGGGGCCGCAGGGGGGGAUGUGGGUGGGCAUAAGGGGGAGAAUGGUAGGAGAGGAGGGGUGGGGAGAUUUGGUGCUGGGAGUGGGUUAGGGAGGGGUGGAGAGAGCCGGGUGAAACGGGGAAGGGAGUUGGGGGAAGAGAGGCGAGGGGGAGAUGGGGAUGAGGGAGUAUUGCAGGUGAAAAGAAGGAGGGAAACGGUUGUAGAGGUAGCAUUGGCAGGGAGAGAGGAGGGAGGUGGGGCGGGUGAGACAAGGGAUGAGGGGAGUGAGGAGAGGCAGGAGAAGUCAGCAACAGCGCGUGGCUUGUUUGGUGCGAGUGCCGGGGAAGGUAGCAACACGGACGAGGCAGGGAUGAGUUCUGAGUCGCCUCCAGCAGGGACAAAGGCAGAGGGUGUUGGCACAGGGUCGCAAGGUGCAGGUGCGAAUGUGUGGUGGCGGCCGCAUGCUGGUGGUGCUACUGCGAGUGCGAGGGGGAGAGCUGGUGGGGGUUCAAUGAGACUCGGAGGGGAGGGGAAGGAGCAGAGUGGAAGCAGUGGCGACACUAGUCAUGUCCGCUCCACCCCCCCUUCACAUGACACCCCGCUGACUACCUCUAGUUACCCACCCGCCACCUCGCAAACCACCCCAUCUGCUUCUUGUCCCCCCCUCCAUUCCCCCCUCCCUUCUUCCCUCUGCUCGACUUCCCUUGGGCAGUCCCCCCUUCCGCCUCCCCACCGCUCUCCCCUCCCCUCCCCCCUGCCUGCUCCCCCUGCCCCCUCCCUUGGGGACAUUGAGUCGCUAGGGCUCAUGCUUGGAGGGGGUACCACUCAGGCUAGUCGGGAUCCCAUCCUCGCUAUAGCGCACGUCAUUAGUGGCACAAGGUGGUUGGAAGGGAAAGGGAAAGGGAAAGGGAAAGGGGCUAGAAUAGGGAAGGUGGAGGGGAUGGGUGGAGGAGGGGAGGGUGGGGAAGAAAGGGAACGUGGAGAGAAAGCUGAGGGUGGAAAGAAGGAGCAGGGCUGUUCGGAAGACAGAGAACGAGGGUUUGAGCAUGGGGUGUUGCUUUUCACCCAUUCUACUGUUAGUGGCGCUGCUUCUGGCGCUGCUUCUGGCGCUGCUUCUGGCGCUGCUUCUGGCGCUGCUUCUGGCGCUGCUUCUGGCGCUGCUGGUGGCGCUGCUGGUGGCGCUGCUGGUGGCGCUGCUGGUGGCGCUGCUGGUGGCGCUGCUGGUGGCGCUGCUGGUGGCGCUGUUGAUGGUAGAAACGCUGCUGCAAGCGAGGGGUGUGAGGGAAUCUAUGCUGCAAGGGAACCAGAGGGCACAGAGGCGGAGUGGUGCAGGGAGGGGUAUGAGGGCGUGGGGUUCAUGAGCAGUGAGAUGUAUGGUUGGGGGCUGCAGCGCGAACAGGAGAGGGUGCGAGAGAGGAGGCAGGAGAGGGAGAGGGAGCAGGUGCUGGGAGGAAGGGAGGAGGUGCGGGUGUAUAGGAGCGAGAGGGAGAUGUUGGAGCAGUGGCGGCGGUUCUUUGUGUUCGAGCUCGACCCCGAUGUGGUGGUGGUGUUCCAGGCUCGUGACAGCUGGCAGGUUCUCAAGGAGCGGUGGGCGGCACUGGGACUGGGGGAUCUGGACGUGGGAAGGCGAGGGGAUGGGGAAGAAGAGGAGGAGGGAGAGACUGGGGAGGAGCGGGAGGCGGAGGGGACGGGAGUGCACAGGGCAACGGCACGUGCGGAAGAGGAGGGGCAAGGAGGGCGUGCAGGAGGAGGCAAGAGGCGAGCAAGCAAGGGCAGUGGGCCAGGAGGAGGAGGAAGAGGGGGUGAGAAUGAGAAGCAGCGUGGGCGAGGUUUGGUGGUGCGGGGCGUGGUGACGUAUGGCAAGCAGUGGGUGCGGCAGCAGCUGCGCGUGUCCGCUACCUCCAACCAGGAGACCUUCCAGGUGCGAGUGGAGGGGCGGUGCAUGUUGGACCUGCUACGAGCCAUCCUCACGUCACAAGCACUCUCCACCUUCUCCCUGCACGAGAGCUGCCAGGUGUUUGUUGGGCGACCUCUGGAGCUGCUGUCGCCGGCGUGCAUUGCUGCCAUGUGGGGCGGUGGCCUGGGGGGCCGCCCACGCCUGCUGCGAUACGCUGCUGAGUACGCCAAGGUGGUGCACCUGCUCCUGCAGUCGCAGCAAACCCUAGUGGAGACAGUGGAAAUGGCACGAGUCACAGGGCUACUGCUAUCAGACGUGCAGUACCGGGCACAAAUGGCACGAGUACACAGCCUACUCCUCCACACCGCCGGCCCCCACGGCUGGCUGCUAGGCGGUGCUGAUCCCUCUGGGCAGCUCACGCAGUCGCCCUUCCUGCUUCACCCCAAGGAAGCGCGCACGGCCGGUCUGUACCGCUCUGAACCGGUGGCCGUGCUGGACUUUGCGUCGCUGUACCCGUCGCUGUUUGUGGCGUAUAACCUGUGCUGCUCGUCGCUGGUGCACCCGGGGGACAGGCACCGCGUUCCGGAGGAGCAUGUGUUUGUCAGCCCAACAGGAGCAGCGUUCACGCGUGCAUCGCUGCACCGCGGUGUGCUCCCCCGCAUCUGCGCCGCUCUCAUCGCUGCACGCAAGGACACGCAGCGCCGCCUCUCCACACCGCCGCAUGCCCCCCGCACAGCACAGGUGGCAACGGGGGCAAUGGGGGCAGAGGCGGCAAUGAGUGCGGAGGAGCGGGCGGCACUGGAUGGCAGGCAGCGGGCGCUGAAGCUGUGUGCGAACGCGCUAUACGGGUUCACAGGGUCCAACGCGUCUCCUCUGCGCACCGUGGCCGUUGCCGACUCCUGCCUUGGCCUGGGAGCAGCAGCAUGCGUGCAUGCCAAGGACGCAGCUACCCAAAUCUUUCCCGGGGCAUGCAGGGUGAUUUACGGGCAGACGGACAGCAUCUUCGUUCUCUUCCCAGAGAAAACCCCAGCGGAGGCGGCAGCAAUGGGAGCGGAGCUAGCAGCGCGCCUGUCGGAGCUCUUCCCUGCCCCCAUGGCUGUGAAGCUGGAGCGAGUGCUCUGCCCCUUCAUGCUUCUCCAGGUCAACCGCUAUGCAGGUCGACAAGUCUUCCCUGUGCCAUCUCCCCCACCACCCGCACCACCCGCACAACGUACAGCGCCUCACCAGCACCAAGGCAGCACCCCAGCAGCAGCAGCAGCAGCAGCACAAGAAGAAGAAGAAAAGGACAUGUCGCUGCUGCUAGUGAAGGGCAUUGAGACGGACCGCAGGGACGUGCCGCUGUUUGUACGUGCUACGUGUCGCGCCGUGAUUCGCCGCAUCCUUUUGGAUGGUGACGUGGCGGCGGCUGCACGAGAGGCGAGGGCGGCCGUGGUUCGGCUGAUGACGGGCGGAUGUAGCAUGUUCGAGCUCAUCAUGACAGGGGGCCUGUGGCGAGUGAACGACAGUGACCUAUCCGCCAUCGCACAGCAGACAGCAGCAGCAAGUGCAGCUGCGGCAGGUAGAGCAUCCAGAGGCCUCGACUCCCCUCAGCGAUCAGAGGCAGCAGCAGGGGGGGGAGCAGGGAGAGAGGGAGCUGGCCCGGCGACCGCUGAGGAAGGCCGGGGCCCACAUGUGGCCCUCGCGGCCCGUCUCAAGGCACGCGAUCCUGACCGUCGGUUUCUUAUCGGAGAGCGAAUUCCGUACAUUCUUCUUGACAAUGGUGCACGGCUGCAGGAUGACAUGGCAGAGGAGCCUCUGUUGGCCCUUCUUUCCCAGCUGCCUCCCAACGCAGCUGUGUACGCACGCAACAAGCUGCAGAAGCCACUCUCCUCCAUCUUCCAGCACCUCCUAUCGCCAGAGGACAUGGCAUCCAUCUUCGCACCUGGCAGCAGGGCAGCAGCAAUCUGCAAUGACGACUUUUUACAAGAAGCAGGCAACAUGCCUCGUGUGCAGGGCGCCAUUGCGGCUCAACUCACCCCAAGCCUUCUGUGA